GGCAACCCUAUCGUGCAGUUCGACUAAACGUCAAGUUUUGUUUACAAACAAUGUGCCAGAUGCUGGCGUUAAGAAAUUUACGAAUAGAAUAUUUAAAGAAGUAUUCCUGAUUUCCAUUUCAAAACACGUCGCUGUGAAUAUGGAAUCUGCAGGAGAGAGAGAUGCAGUAGCAGUGUGUGGUGAAGUGGAUAUCAAGGAAGAACCAAUAUUAACUGAACACAGCCAGCAACCAUGUGAAGAAGAUGAACACAUCAUCAUUAAAGAAGAAAAUAUUAUUUUUGAAGAUUCUGAUGCAUGUGACCCACUACAGAUGAAGAAAGAGGAUGGCAUGUCAGAGGAAGAAAUCACUUCUCCACAUGAUGCAGUGCACACAAAGGAAGAACCUGAGUUCCAAAGUGAAGCUGAGUUGACAAGUUGUGCCAGUGUACCAGAAAGGUUAUAUGGCCUUCAGAAGAAACUGAUACCUCACUGAAGAAGAAAUAAUAGACAGUGAUGCAGUCUAAAUGCAAUGUCAGAUCAUCUGGACCUUAUUGAUGUCGCCAUAUAUUCUUCUGAAGUAACUAUCUGACUGAUGAAGAAAGAAGUCCAGAUGAUCUUUUUGAGGCCUGGUGGGUAACGGGAAGAGAGGAUAUAUUGAAGGGCAAGUUCCCAUAUCCGGAGUUCUGAUAGGUUGGUGUCAGUGGGAAGUAUCCAGAUAACCCGGACGGUGUAACACUGUGCCAAGAUGUGCUGGCCGUGCACCAAGGCAUGUUUAGCCACAGAGUGAUCCUCAUUACCAACAAACACUGUCUGCCUGUGUCUUUUCAUGCAAAUGGACAGUUUGUUGCUGGUCAUUCCCACAUAGAAAUCUUCACAGUGCAGGCAGGUCAGUUGGUAAGUCAUGUGGGUGCUUUCACACGUGCCUUUGAUCGUGUACACCUUCCGGGUUAACAGGACUGGAGUAGGUGGUGGUGGGAGGGUGCAUGGGAUAAGUUUUACACCGGGGGCAGUUACAAGGGUAGGAGCCAGAGGGUAGGGAAGGUGGUUUGGGUAUUUCAUAGGGAUGAACCAAGAGGUUACGAAGGUUAGGUGGAUGGCGGAAAGAUACUCUUGGUGGAGUGGGGAGGAUUUCAAGAAGAAUGGAUCUCAUUUCAGGGCAGGAUUUGAGGAAGUCGUAUCCCUGCUGGAGAGCCACCAUUCAGAGUCUGAUCCAGUCCCGGAAAGUAUCCUGUCACAAGUGGGGCACUUUUGGAGUUCUUCUGUGGGAGGUUCUGGGUUUGAGGGGAUGAGGAAGUGGCUCUAGCUAUUUGCUUCUGUACCAGGUUGGGAGGUUAGUUGCGGGAUGCGAAAGCUGUUUUCAGGUUAUUGGUGUAAUGGUUCAGGGAUUCAGGACUGGAGCAGAUUCGUUUGCCACAAAGACCUAAGCUGUAGGGAAGGGACCAUUUGAUAUGGAAUGGGUAGCAGCUGUCAUAAGGUACUGUUGCUUGUUAGUGGGUUUGAUGUGGACGGAUGUGUGAAGCUGGCCAUUGGACAGAUGGAGGUCAGCGUCGAGGAAAGUAGCAUGGGAUUUGGAGUAGGACCAGAUGAAUCUGAUGGAACCAAAGGAGUUGACGUUGGAGAGGAAAUUCUGGUGUUUUUCUUCACUGUGAGUCCAUAUCAUGAAGAUGUCAUCAAUAAAUCUGUACCAUACUUUGGGUUGGCAGGCUUGGGUAACCAAGAAGGCUUCCUCUAAGCGACCCAUAAAUAGGUUGGCAUACGAGGGGGACGUCCUGGAGCCCAUGGCUGUUCCCUUUAAUUGUUGGUAUGUCUGGCCUUCAAAAGUGAAGAAGUUGUGGGUUAGGAUGAAGCUGGCUUAGGUAAUGAGGAAAGAGGUUUUAGGUAGGGUAGCAGGUGAUUGGCGUGAAAGGAAGUGCUCCAUCGCAGUGAGGCCCUGGACGUGCAGGAUAUUUGUGUAUAAGGAAAUGGCAUCAAUGGUUACAAGGAUGGUUUCUGGGGGUAACAGAUUGGGUAAGGAUUCCAGGCAUUCGAGAAAGUGGUUGGUGUCUUUGAUGAAGGAUGGGAGACUGCAUGUAAUGGUGUUGAUCUACGAAGGCAGAGAUAUGUUCUGUGGGAGCUUGGCAACCAACUGCAAUGGGGCGGCCGGGAUGUUUGGGUUUGUGAAUUGUAGGUAGAAGGUAGGGGUGCGGGGUGUUGGUGGGGUCAGGAGGUUGAUGGAAUCAGGUGAAAGGUUUUGUAGGGGGCCUAAGGUUCUGAGGAUUCCUUGAAGCUCCGCAUGGACAUCAGGAAUGGGAUUACCUUGGCAAACUUUGUAUGUAGUGUUGUCCGAAAGCUGACGCAGUACCUCAGCCACAUACUCCCGACGAUCAAGUACUACGGUUGUGGAACUCUUGUCAGCCGGAAGAAUGACGAUGGAUCGGUCAGCCUUCAGAUCAUGGAUAGCCUGGGCUUCAGCUGUGGUGAUGUCGGGAGUAGGAUUAAGGUUUUUCAAGAAAGAUUGAGAGGCAAGGGGCUGGAAGUGAGAAAUUCCUGGAAGGUUUGGAGAGGGUAUUUUGAGGAAGAGGAGGUGGGUCCUGCUGUGACGGAGGACAGAACUGUUCCAGGCAGGGUUCAAUUCGGACACGGACACACACACACACACACACACACACACACACACACACACACACACACACACACACACAAAA